AUGGAUGCGAAGCGCCCUGCUCGCGCCUUGCCAGCCGUGCCCAACAAAGAGAAUAUCCUUCCUGCGAAGCAACCCAUCCAUCAGCGCCACAAGUCUGCAAGCAAUCUCAGGAGCAUGGCAACCUCUGGCACGCUCAACGCUCCUCCCAAGCGAACAGCCUUUGGUGAUGUGAGCAACACUGCCCGAACUCUCGUUGCCGAACCGGCUGGCAAGAUUGCCGUCAAGACUCGUGUCAAGCAGGCGACAGCAAUUGUCAAGACCCACGACAUCAGGCUGGAAGACAAGGAAAAUGAACCGGUUGCUCGUACAGAGAAGUGGUCGCGAGCCACGACCGCGUCCAGGACCGCUAGCGAUAUCUCCAAGCACCCCGUUGGCGUUUCCCAUUCCUCCGCAGGUUCUAAUCAGACAGGAAAUCCAAUUCUCCGUGCAAAUAUUCUCGGCCAGAAACGCACCGCCAUUUCGCUAGCCAACCCGCCACUAAGGAGUGGAGUAUCUAAGAAGGGAACAGCCGUCUACCAGGAUAGGAAGGAGCAGAAAGCGGGCGAUCUUCCUGAGACUGCGUUGCCUACCGAUGAUCUUGCUGCGCUGAUGGCCAAGCCGGCUAAGAACCCUCGCCAUUACAGAAGCCAGCCUGUGCUCCGAAAUGAACAGCAGACUCUUCUGCACACACAAAGCAAGUUUGCGGUCAGAAUGGACGAUACAAUUGACUCUGAGGACGAGGAUGAUAUGGACGACGGGGCGACGGAAGCGACUUACGAGGACGCUGUCGAGCGGCUGUCGCAGGAGGCCGAGUAUGCCGCCUAUCAGCUGGUGAGCAACGAGCAACCGGGGCCUGUUGGUAUUGAGCGGGCACUUGGGCUCCCCUCAAAGUCCGAUUCUCCGGACCUCAACAAGACACUGCCAGCCCACCCCGUCACCUCUGAGCCAGAGGAGUAUUGGGACGACGAGGAAGAGGAGCAGGAGCUCUACGAGGAACAAGGCUACGUGACAGCGCACUCGUUCCGCUCACUCGGCGAUAACACCACCGGUGGCCUAACAACGCUGCUUGCGCCCAAUGUUACGGCCAACGUUCGAAGGGAGCUGGAGAUGGCAGAGGAGUGGGUUUUGGCAAACCUGACAGAGGAGGAGUGGGAAGAAGAUAAAUGGGACGUGAGCAUGGUUGCCGAGUAUGGCGAGGAGAUCUUCGCGUACAUGAGAGAUCUGGAGGCCAGUAUGCUCCCCAACCCACACUACAUGGACGUGCAGACCGAGAUUCAGUGGUCAAUGCGCGCUGUCCUCAUGGACUGGUUGGUGCAAGUUCACCACCGGUUCUGCCUUCUUCCAGAAACCCUCUUCCUGACAGUCAACUACAUCGAUCGCUUUCUCUCGGUCAAGGUCGUCUCCCUGGGAAAGCUGCAACUUGUUGGAGCCACCGCCCUUUUCUUGGCCGCCAAAUACGAGGAGAUCAAUUGCCCUUCGGUCCAGGAGAUCGUCUACAUGGUAGACUCGGGGUACACGGCCGAAGAGAUCAUCAAGGCGGAGCGCUUCAUGCUUAGCAUGCUGCAGUUUGAGCUCGGGUGGCCCGGUCCAAUGAGCUUUCUCCGGCGAAUCAGCAAGGCAGAUGACUACGAUCUUGACACACGGACGAUGGCCAAAUAUUUCCUCGAGAUCACCAUCAUGGAUGAGCGAUUCGUUGGCUGCCCUCCGAGCUACCUUGCUGCCGGAGCGCACUGUAUCUCCCGUUUCUUUCUGGACAAGGGAGGUUGGACGCCUGCCCACGUCCACUACUCCGGCUACACGCUGAGCCAGCUUAAACCGCUUCUCCAGACAAUUUUUGAGUGCUGCCAGGACCCUCGGAAGCACCAUGGCGCAGUAUUUGACAAGUACUCGUCACCUAAGUACCAAAAGUCGUCUACAAUAGUCGCGGAAAAGAUCGCAAGUGGGAUGACGCUCUCUCUACUGUACGGCGCAGGUCCUCGAUCAAGCAAUUCAUCCCUUUUCGAUGAUAAGCUGCGUGGAUCCUACACGACGCCGCCUUGCAACCUCAUCCCUAUUAAGGGGUAG